CCAGAACCAGAAGAUAUAAUUUUCUCAGUCCAUACAAUAUUUGGUUAUGAAGAAAGAAUUUGGAUUUUUUUAAUUACUUGGGUGUUCUCAUCAGAAUCACUGUUAUGGUCAGAUCCGAGGUAGUUAGAACUAGGAGGAGUUAGAAUGAGAGUUAGACUGGAGAAGUUUUAAUUACUUGGGUGUUCUGGCGGGGAUCCCGUCAAAAUGGCUAGUCACGCCAAAGGAGGGGUUCGUUAAUACCAAAUGACAAAUCCCUCGCCCAAGAAAUCUUAGAGUUCCUGGAAUACCGAUGCCAUUAUCUUCUUUCUUCUUCACGCUUUAUUCCUUACUUAUUUUUCUUCCUCCGCCGAUGCAAAGGAAGCCACAACCACGAAUAGUUUGUGUCCUCCUUCGAUUUAGAGAACUAUCAAGCAUGCCACGAGUAGUGGUUGCCUUGAAAACUCGAUUGCUUCAGAGAGGUCGAUUUGAAAAUGCGAACCUGUGAAAAUCACACAGGUUUGAAGAUUUGAAGCCAGAGUGUUUGCAAUGAAGGCAGAGAGUUCAAUCGACUACAUACUAUUUCGCUCCAGUCUGAACAAGACAAAAGAUUGAUGAUGGAGAUCCCUGUGAUAGACUUCAAUGAGCUCAAUGGCGACAAAAGGAGCGAAACAAUGGCGCUGCUGCACCAUGCUUGUGAAAAGUGGGGCUUCUUUCAGGUUGUGAACCAUGGAGUUGACGGAGAGCUGAUGGAGAAGGUGAAGGGACUAUUUAACAUACAUUAUGAUAAGUGCAUGAAGGGGAGCUUCUAUGAAUCGGAGACAGCUAAAAGAUUAAUGGAGAGCGGAGGUGUUACUUCCGGUGCUGAUUGGGAAACCACUUUCUUCAUUUGUCAUAGGCCAACCUCAAACAUUGAUGAAUUCACAGCUCUCUCAAAGGAGUUUUGUGAAGCAAUGGAUGAAUACAUUAAACAGGUGAUUAAGCUCGCAGAGAAGCUCUCAGAGCUUAUGUGUGAGAAUCUGGGUUUGGAGAAAAGUUACUUGAUGAGUGCAUUCUCAGGAUCUGCAGGUCCUUCUGUGGGAACAAAGUUGGCUAAGUACCCUCAGUGUCCUCAACCCGAGUUCGUGAGGGGACUCCGAGAGCACACAGAUGCAGGCGGAAUCAUUCUCUUGCUCCAAGAUGAUCAAGUCCCAGGCCUAGAAUUUUUCAAGGAUGAACAGUGGGUGCAGAUACCACCUUCUAAGAACAACACUCUCUUUGUAAAUACAGGUGAUCAGGUGGAGGUGUUGAGUAAUGGGAGGUACAAGAGCACUCUGCACCGGGUCAUGGCUGGAAAGGAUGGUAGCAGGCUGUCCAUUGCUACCUUCUAUAAUCCUGCUGGUGAUGCCAUUAUUUCUCCAGCUCCCAAGCUCCUGUAUCCUAAUCACUACUGCUUCCAAGACUACCUCAAACUCUAUGCCACCACCAAGUUUGCAGACAAGGGACCUAGAUUUGAGUCCAUGAAGAAGAUUGCAAAAGUUGUUUAAGAAGAUCAAUCAGUUUCUUGGUAGUAUAUCUCAGUUUUUAGCCAUUCUAUUAACUGUCCUGUUAGUGAAGUAGAUCUUAAUUCCAGAACAGAGUUUCUGAGUUUGUAUCUGUCAUUGUGUUUCUCUGUCUUUUGUUUGUUCUUCUGCAUGAGUCAGCUUACGAACAUUUCUGUAAUGGAUAGUUCUGUUUGGUUCAAGCAGUUUCCUAAGCCACCAAUCUAAGGUGACAGUCCAAAUUAGAAAUAAAGAAAAUUCUCCAGUUUA